CUCCUUCUGCUCUUUCAGUUGAGCUCCAGGUGGAACAGCAGGUGGCUCCUCCCCUUCCCAGGGAAGUAGGCCCGGGCAGGCCUGAAGCCUGCUGGACUCCUGCACUCUGGGGAAUUUGACCGUGGUGGGCGGACUCUGGCCAGCCCCGCCCCACCCGUCCUUCUCUCAGAGACCUGUAAUCCAGGGGCUUGGCCUCAAAGUACCAUUGGUUUGACAGGCUGGAUAGAGGAGGAAGUGGACGAAAACCGAAAUAUUCUUCCUGAAGGUCUGGAUCCCUGAACAGCUGUGCCACUCGAUUGGCCCCGCCCCCGUCGCCCUUUGCCUGUGACUUCCCCCACUCCUCCAGGGAGAUGCUGUCUCGCGGGUGGUUUCACCGUGACCUCAGUGGGCCUGAUGCUGAGACCCUGCUCAAGGGCCGGGGAGUCCCUGGGAGCUUCCUGGCCCGUCCCAGCCGCAAGAACCAGGGUGACUUUUCCCUCUCAGUCAGGGUGGAUGACCAGGUGACCCAUAUUCGAAUCCAGAACUCAGGGGACUUCUAUGAUCUGUACGGAGGGGAGAAGUUUGCGACGUUGACAGAGCUGGUGGAGUAUUACACUCAGCAGCAGGGCAUCCUACAGGACCGGGAUGGUACCAUCAUCCACCUCAAGUACCCACUGAACUGCUCGGACCCCACCAGUGAGAGGUGGUACCAUGGCCACAUGUCUGGAGGGCAGGCAGAGUCACUGCUGCAGGCCAAGGGUGAGCCCUGGACAUUUCUUGUGCGUGAGAGUCUCAGCCAACCUGGUGAUUUUGUGCUCUCUGUGCUCAAUGACCAGCCCAAGGCUGGCCCUGGCUCCCCGCUCAGGGUCACUCACAUCAAGGUUAUGUGUGAGGGUGGACGCUAUACUGUGGGUGGCUCAGAGACGUUUGACAGCCUCACAGACCUGGUGGAGCACUUCAGGAAGACGGGGAUCGAGGAGGCCUCAGGCGCCUUUGUCUACCUGCGGCAGCCUUACUAUGCCACUCGGGUAAACGCAGCCGACAUUGAGAACCGGGUCUUGGAACUGAACAAGAAGCAGGAGUCGGAGGACACAGCCAAGGCUGGCUUCUGGGAGGAGUUUGAGAGUCUGCAAAAGCAGGAGGUAAAGAACUUGCACCAGCGCCUGGAAGGGCAGAGGCCGGAGAACAAGAGCAAGAACCGCUACAAGAACAUCCUUCCCUUUGACCACAGCCGAGUGAUCCUGCAGGGACGUGACAGUAACACCCCAGGGGCUGACUACAUCAAUGCCAACUACGUUAAGAACCAGCUGCUAGGUCCAGAUGAGAACUCUAAGACCUACAUCGCCAGCCAGGGUUGUCUAGAUGCCACAGUCAAUGACUUCUGGCAGAUGGUUUGGCAGGAGAACACUCGUGUCAUCGUCAUGACUACCAGAGAGGUGGAGAAAGGCCGGAACAAAUGCGUCCCAUAUUGGCCGGAGGUGGGCACUCAGCGUGUCUAUGGGCUCUACUCUGUGACCAACUGUAGAGAGCAUGACACAGCAGAAUACAAACUUCGAACAUUACAGAUCUCCCCACUGGACAAUGGGGACCUUGUUCGGGAGAUAUGGCACUACCAGUACCUGAGCUGGCCUGACCAUGGGGUUCCCAGUGAACCUGGGGGUGUUCUCAGCUUCCUGGACCAGAUCAACCAGCGACAGGAAAGUUUGCCUCAUGCAGGGCCCAUCAUUGUGCAUUGCAGCGCUGGCAUCGGCCGCACGGGCACCAUCAUCGUCAUCGACAUGCUCAUGGAGAGCAUCUCCACCAAGGGGCUAGACUGUGACAUUGACAUCCAGAAGACCAUUCAGAUGGUACGGGCACAGCGCUCCGGCAUGGUGCAGACCGAGGCACAGUACAAGUUUAUUUAUGUAGCCAUUGCCCAGUUCAUUGAAACGACCAAGAAGAAACUGGAGAUCAUACAAUCCCAGAAGGGCCAGGAGUCGGAGUAUGGGAAUAUCACCUACCCUCCCGCUGUGAGGAGUGCCCACGCCAAAGCCUCCCGUACCUCAUCCAAACACAAGGAGGAGGUGUACGAAAACGUGCAUAGCAAGAGCAAGAAGGAAGAGAAAGUAAAGAAGCAGCGGUCGGCAGACAAGGAGAAGAACAAAGGUUCUCUCAAGAGGAAGUGAGCUGGGCAUUCGUCUGCAGGUGGCCAUGCAUCAGCCUUAAUCCCUGCAGAGGCCUCCACCGGACAGACCCGUGGCCCACACCAGACCCUAGGACCACCCCCAUCUUCUUGUAAUUUAAGUGACUGUGGUCGUCUGAAUCUGUAUAUAGCUCAGCAAGUCCCCAGGGAGAGCUGGACCCUUCUAUUCUUGUAAAUAAAGCCCCUGGACCACUGUGUAUUG